CGUUCAGUAUGUGCCAGGCUGAAGUCUCAAUCACUGUCAUGGCAGACACACCAAUACUUUGGAAUUCAACAUUCCAAUAACUUGCUCUCCGGAUCCUGCACAGCCAGGCAUAUCUUCAGCAGAUGGAAAGACCACCCACUUCAGCCAGGAAACUGGAUCAGUGGAUCCUCUCGCAUUGAUUUCAAAUCACUUAUGCAAAGGAGUUAAACUUCUCCCCAACACCAAUCUGCACCUCCAAGAAGGCAAAGUGAACAACAUUACAUGCAGGCUCCCCUUCAAGUUGUACAACAUUCCAACUCAGAAAUACACCAUUGUUCCAGAAGGACUGCAAUAAUUCAAGCAGCUCUGGAUAUUUAUGAUUUGGUUUUGAGAUCGGCUUCAGUUAGAUUAAAGACGUUCAAUUCACAGUCAGGAGCUUCCCCCAACUUCCAUUGUGUGAACACUUGGGCCCAAGUUCCAUUCAUCAUUACUUUAAGGUUUCUAUGAUUGCAGAACAAGAAAGACAGAGGUAAACAUUCAAUGAACUAACAACAAGAAGACCCAGUGGACCAAGAGAUAGAUGUCUAAACUCUCUAAAUGCAUUUUGAGUAUCAGAUGUUCAUCAUUCAUGAUUAAAAUGUGGAGCUUUAUUCCAGUUUGCCACCUCUUUACGGUUUGUGGAGGAAUGUCACUGGCCUCUUCCAGCAGCACCACUGAAGUUGCGGUAGGAGAGAAAAUCCUGUUUUCCGUAAAUCUCCAUGAGGAAGAUAACUAUAUGGUACAACUAUCUGGUCCACAAGACAUUUCUAUUGGAACAUGGACAUUUAACAAGGCAGUGAUAUCACAGGACAUACACCCCAAGUAUAAAGACAGAGUCCAAUGGAAUAUGAAUGGUUCUCUGACAUUGGAUAAUGUUCAGAUCAAUGACAGUGGAAAAUAUACAAUAGAAAUCAACUUCCUCAGUCACGAUACAAACAUUGUUGAAAAAGAUUUUAACUUGUUUGUGUUUGAACCAGUUUCUCAGCCAACUGUGACAGUUGUUGAUAAUUGUUCAACUCCAAGCAUCACCCUGAGCUGUCUGGUCUCCUCCGGAACUGAUGUCACAUUUCACUGGAGAAAGCAGCAUGGAGCCAAUGAUGAUAUAUUCAAUGGAUCAGAACUAGUGAUCAAUAGAGGUACUGAUGGAGAACAGCCUACGUAUAUCUGUCUAGCAGAGAACACAGUCAGUAAUGCAAGCAGUGAGCCAGUGAAGACCAAGAAAUGUAGUAAAGGUACUUUGCUGUGGAUGAUAUCAUUUGGUCUGAUACCAGUGGCAGUUAUUGCUUGGAUUUUAAUGAAUUCUAUAAAAAUCGGUAGAAAAUCUCAGGAACUUAAUGAAGAAACAGUCAUCUUCACAAAUGAACUAAUUCAGCCUACAUAUAUAACCACACUGAAACCGGCAGAAGUGGCUACUUUUGAUUGUUAGGAAAUCCAGAGGGUUCAGAAUCUGGCGCACUGGGUGAUGCUUCGUAUUGGUUCACGUAGCGAUUUCCCAUGCUUUUAAACUCAACAGGGCUCCAUUCCCAAACUCAUUGGAGCUAAGUUCCCAGACUUCCUAUAAUCUCAGUUGGGCACAUUCCCAUCCUCCUUUAAUAACCAGUGCCCAUUCCUGUGCUCAUUAAAGACAAUUUGUGCCCCUGUUUCUGGUCUCCCUUCAAACUCUCUUGGGCCUCAACUCCACAUUUCCUCUAAACUUAAUGGGUUUUUGUCAGAAUCAGAAUCAGGUUUAUUAUCACCAGCAUGUGUCAUGAAAUUUGUUAA